CCAGACUCGGUAAAACGGAAAAAAAAUAAAAGGCGCCGCCAGACGCCAAAGCUACCUGCAGCGCAACCAUGAGAAGAGGGAAAAAUGGAUCGAGACAAGGCCAUCGGGAUUCCUGGAGUGUCAAUCCCAUCCAAGAUAUUCAUCAAAUACAAGAUCACCAACAACAACAUCAGCUGCCGCAGCAACUGGAAGAAUCAAAUUUUCAAUCGCCUUCCCUCUCAUCAACUUCUAGUCAACAACAAAGCCGAAAUCGCAAGUGGUUAUCGAGAAACCAGCGUGCUCAUCUGGCUAAAUCGAAAUUUACCAAGAAACCCGACCCCAAUUCAUUGGAUGAGGAAGUGGAUUCUUUUGAUGUUGAAUCAAAUAAUUUGAGCAGUGAAAUGACUAGUUUGAGUAUUGGUGAAGAAGCGGAAAGGGAGCAAGAGAAUGAGGGGGAAGAGGUUGCAGAGUCCUAUAUUAAGGAGGAUGCAAAGGGUAAGGAGGGGGACGAGACAAGCGAAGGUGCGCAUAGUUUAAUGAGUAGGUUGGAAGAAUUACAAUUUGGGGUGGAAGAGCCGGCAUUGUCGGAUGAGCAGCUAAGGAUCAAUGACCAGUCGCAACAGGAUGAGUUACUUGCCAUGGAGUCAAUUUAUGGAGAGAAUGUAUUCAUCCUUGAUAGACAGAAGGGCUUACGAUCUUUUCAGAUUCAUAUUCACACUGAAGCUCCUGGAGAGAUUUCUGUAAAUGCAAAACUAAAUUCAUCUAUUGAACUUAAGGUCAAAAGUGAGAGUUCAGAGGAUUUCUUGUUCACAUUCAAAGUUCAGUAUCUUCCACCAAUUGUGUUGACCUGCUUAUUACCCAGAUCAUAUCCAAGCCAUCUUCCUCCUUAUUUUAUCAUCUCUGUACAGUGGUUGGAUUCCACUAGAAUUUCCAAUCUUUGCUCCAUGCUGGACUCCAUAUGGAAGGAACAAGCAGGGCAAGAAGUCAUAUAUCAAUGGGCAGAUUGGCUACAGAAUUCUUCUCUCUCUUAUCUUGGGUUUGAGAAAGAAAUAAUGCUCAGUCCUUAUGGCACGAUAAAUACUGGAGAUAGACGUGCUGUUUCUGGAAGUGUCUCCCCAGAUGUUGAUGUUCCUUAUAUCAGGAGUUACAACAAUGAGAAAUGCCAUGAGAACUUCCUUAAAAGCCUUCAUGAGUGCUGCAUUUGUUUUUGUGAAUACGCAGGGACCGACUUUGUCUGGCUGCCUUGCCGGCAUUUCUUUUGCGGGAAAUGCAUGAAAACAUUUUCUGACAUGCAUGUUGCUGAAGGAACUGUGAGCAAACUUAAAUGUCCAGAUGCAAAAUGUGGGGGUAUGGUGCCACCUGGUUUGUUGAAAAGGUUGCUUGGUGAUGAAGAAUAUGAACAUUGGGAGGCCUUAAUGUUACAGAAAACUCUUGAAUCAAUGUCCGAUGUUACCUACUGCCCAAGAUGUGAAACACCUUGCAUAGAGGAUAAAGAUCAGCAUGCACAAUGCUCCAAGUGUUUCUAUAGUUUCUGUACUCUUUGCAGGGAUAAGCGCCACGUAGGCAUUGCAUGCUUGACACCAGAAAUGAAGCUUCGUAUCUUACAGGAACGCCAGAAUUCUUCUCAAUUGAAGGGAGACCAGUUGCAAAAGGAGCGUGAGAUUAUCAAUGAACUUCUCAGCAUGAAGGAAAUCCUUCGAGAUGCAAAGCAAUGUCCAUCUUGUAAGAUGGCAAUCUCAAAAACUGAAGGGUGUAACAAGAUGGUAUGUGAUAACUGUGGGCAGUACUUCUGUUAUCGAUGUAACCAGGCAAUUGAUGGAUAUGAUCAUUUCAGGGAGGGGGGUUGUGUGUUGUUCCCCCCUGAAGAAAUUCAGCAAUGGGAGGACAGAAUGAAUGCACGCCAAGUUUUGGGUCAGGUCCAUGCUCAACUAUUUGCUGGACAUGGGCAGCCAUGCCCCAAUUGUCGUCAGUUCAAUGCGAAGGUAGGCAACAACAAUCAUAUCUUCUGCUGGGCAUGCCAACAGCACUACUGUUACUUGUGCAGACAAAUGGUGAGGCGCAGCUCUCAGCAUUAUGGACCCAAAGGUUGCAAGCAGCACACCGUGGGGUAGCCACAAAUACCAUUAAACCAACCUAUUUGGAGAGGGUGUUUAUGUUCGGCCUGUUAAUUAUAGGAGAACUCAUAGUCUCUAUUCUUUUUGUUUGUUUUGUGAUAGAGUGUAUAAGCUUCCAGAGCCCUUGUUAAGAAGGGGGUCCUCAUGUCCCCAGAACCUAAGAAUCUCUCACAUGGCCAGGGUACAAAAACUAGAUUUGGCAAUUACUUAGUCGACAUGGAGUUAGACCAAUAAUAUUCAUGAAUGAAAAGUUCUAUUUCUG